CCAGGAAAUGACGUAGACGACGAUGGAAAGUUUUCAUUACAGGCAAAGCCACCGAAGGGAAAUCAGGCGCCUGCACAUUUCGCCGUCGUGCACUAUGCUGGUACUGUUCGAUACAACGCUGAUCAGUGGCUGGAUAAGAACAAGGAUCCGCUGAACGACUCAGCUGUAGCCGUACUGAAGACGUGCGACAAGAGCAGUUUAAUCUAUCAAAUUUGGGAAGACUACAUGACCGAUGUGGACAGAGAGGAGUUCGCUUCACGAGGCAAGGCGCAGGAUCGCAAAAAAGGCAAAUCAGCUUCAUUUCUUACUGUAUCGAGUAUGUACAGGGAGUCACUUGCCAGCCUCAUGACUAUGCUUCACACAACUCAUCCACACUUCAUAAGGUGCAUAAUUCCGAACGAAAAGAAAACCAGUGGACUGAUCGACGCCCCGCUUGUUCUCAAUCAGCUUACCUGCAAUGGUGUGCUGGAAGGUAUUCGGAUAUGCCGAAAAGGCUUCCCCAAUCGCAUGACGUUCGCUGAUUUCCGUUUCCGAUACGCGAUUCUGGCGGCCGAUGAAGCCGCUGGAAACGAUGUGGCCGAGGCCUCAAAGAGAAUGCUUGAGAGACUCACAAAGGAGAACAAAAUCAAAGACGACAUGUUCAAAGUCGGUUCGACUAAGGUGUUCUUCCGUGCAGGUACAGUCGCCAAAAUGGAAGAGCUACGAGAUGCUACUCUCGCUAAGAUGAUCGUAAAGCUCCAGUGCGCUGUUCGUUGCUAUCUGGCGCAGGUUUGUCAAUAA